GUGUGUGCAUUGCUGCCAGCCGCCACACAGCCGCCACGUCCAUGCUUAGUGUUCGGUGUCAGUGCCGGUCGAUAAAAAUCGCUUUUUCUUAGUUAAAAACCUAUGAAUUCACUAUAAAAUAGUAAAUAUGAUUUCGAGGGUGGUGCCUAGGUUAACUUUAAUUAUCAUAGUUCUCAUUUUAUCUCAAACUUUGUCCCUGACGAACUCGCAAGUGGUGGAUUCCAACCUAGUCAUCAAAAAUGUCGAGAGAAGCAUUGAUUUGCAGUCCCAAGUCACCAAGAUAACGGCAAAACUUAUUAUCGAGAAUGGCGGAAAAAGUCCUGUGAAAAACUUCCUCUACGCGUUUGAUCCGAAACAAAAGGAACACGUGAGCUCCUUGGCGGCUCGUCUACGGGAACCAGGUCGCGCCGAUUUGAAAGUUACCCAGGUCAAAGUCAAGGAACAUCCCGACAAAAUUUUCUUCUCCAUUGAACUGAAGGAUCUGGUUCAACCUGGUAGAUCUGUCAACGUCGACGUCGAGAGUGUUUCCACUCAUGAACUGAUUCCUCAUCCUAAGCAAAUCAGGCAGAAGGAGAAGCAGCUUGUAAAAUAUACUGGAAAUGUAUACCUUUAUUCUCCCUAUUCUGUGACCAAGCAGUCCACGACGGUCGUUUUACCAUCCAGGAACGUUGAAAAUUACUCCAAAAUCAAACCGGUCAGCCAGAGUGAUUCCUCAAUUACUUAUGGACCUUUUGAAAAGAAACAAUCUUUUUCUUCCGAGGAGCUGAUUGUACACUUUGAAAAUAAUAACAAGUUCCUGACUGUCACGAGGUUGGAGAGAGUCAUUGAACUUUCCCACUGGGGAAACAUUGCUGUCGAGGAGACGAUUGAGCUGUUGCACGCUGGAGCUUUGUUGAAAGGUUCCUUUUCACGAUACGAGUAUGCCCGAGAGUCUAAAUCCGGCCAAGCCAGCAUCCAGAGCUUCGACACUGUUCUCCCAGCUGCCGCCUCCGACAUCUACUACAGAGAUGAAAUUGGAAACAUCUCUACAUCUCACACUAGACUGCGAAAAGACUCCGUGGAACUGAACCUCCGACCACGUUUCCCUCUUUUCGGCGGCUGGAAGACUCGCUACAUAGUCGGUUACAACGUGCCUAGCUACGAGUACUUGUUCCAUUCUGGAGACAAAUACUCUCUGGAGAUGAGGCUCUUGGAUCACGUCUUCGACGACAUGGUUGUGGACGAACUGGUCGUGAAAAUCAUCCUCCCCGAGGGCACCAAGAACAUCGAAUUGAAUGUGCCCUAUCCUGUAGUUCGCUUACCAAAUUCCCUCCACUACACUUACCUGGACACUACUGGUCGUCCAGUUAUCUCCAUCAUGAAGAAGAAUCUUGUCGAGAACCACAUUCAGAACUUCAGAUUGAAGUACACAUUCCCCAGAUUGCUGAUGUUGCAGGAACCUCUCCUCGUUUCGGUUGCACUUUAUCUUCUUUUCCUCAUGGUGAUCAUCUACGUCCGCAUGGAUUUCUCCAUCGACAAAGACGAAGUCUCGGAAGGCAAAUUACGAAUCGGCGGACAUUGUGAGAAAAUCUUGGCUGCUCAGGAUCAGAGAGUGAAUAGCUACAAUGAGCUGGACGAACAGCUGGCUUAUGUGAAAACUAACAAAACGACAAGCACGUAUUUAACGGCGGUGAAGACCAUCAAUCAGGAAUACAAAAACGCUACGAACACAAUUUCCGAUUUGGCGCACAAAUUGAAGGCAGAAUCUGGAGAUGUUUAUGAUCGUGUCCAAGAAUUGCAGAAGCUUGAUAGGACCCUCAAGGAACUUUACAAUCAGCAACAGUCUCUCUAUAUUGAUAAAUUGGUGCCUGGAAAGAUUGGAAGGCAGCAGUUUGUCGAUGCAGAGUCGGUUAUUACGAAGAAGAAGGAGGAGUGUGUGGAGAAAAUCAAUGCUAUCGUUAAGUCGUUACAGUAAUUGAUAAAUAGGAUUUUAUCUUCAUUCUGAACUAUUCCAUAAAACAAUUCUCAGUGCUGCAUUUUACAGAUAUCGUACAGCUAAGUCGCGAUGAUACGUCCUACAGGAAAGAUUCUGUAAUUUCUCGUUGUUUUUUUUAAUAAAGAUGUAAAGAAAUUGA